GAAAUGUUCCACAAUUCUGGACCUGGUCUACACAUUGGAAAAGCAGUGAGAGGAAGUAAAGAAACACUUUUUUAAUCCCACCCCUUUACCAUCACUAAUUGAUUGAUAAUCUACAGUUUCCUAUAUAAAAUGCAAUAUUUAUAUAAUAUACAAUUUCUGUUUAUACAUGUAAGAUACAAUACAAAUAUAUACAAUUAUGAUUCUAUCUAUCUAUCUAUCUAUCUAUCUAUCUAUCUAUCUAUCUAUCUAUCUAUCUAUCUAUCUAUCUAUCUAUCUAUAUAUCUAUCUAUCUAUCUAUCUAUCUAUCUAUCUAUCUAUCUAUCUAUCUAUCUAUCUAUCUAUCUAUCUAUCUAUCUAUCUAUCUAUCUAUCUAUCUAUCUAUCUAUCUAUCUAUCUAUCUAUCUAUCUCUCUAUUUAAAUAGACUAUAAUUCAAGAUUCAAGACAUUUAUUGUGAUUUUGCAGCCGCAAACAAGAAAACAAAAGGAUGAGUUAAAAUAGAAUAAAAGAUAGGAUAAAAAAGAAUAAAUAAUAUGCAGUACAGGAAAAUUUUACGUAUGUAAAAUACAAUAUUAUAUUCUAUUUUAAAUUCAUACGCAAUUAUCUGCAUCCUUUUUUACUGUACAAGUUUUAUUUAUCAUAUUUCGUGUUUUCAAUUUUCAAUUUCUGUCAACUGAAUGAAAACAUGCACACAAAAAAGAUAAAUAAAAAUAUAAAAAUCCAGACAUUCAAAGACAAAAACACAAAAACUGUAUUUUGUGUGUGAAACAGCAUCUCACAUGGGAAAAAAGGAAAUAUGUUAUUAUUAUAUAUGUUACAUGUGAUUUUCAGAUAUUUUCUUUUACCACAAGUAAAAUAUCCAAACACCUUGGAUCUGUUCAGAUUAAUCAGAUCAAUGUUCUAUUAUAACAGAAGAACAGAUCUAUUUAUAGUUUAUACUUAUUAAUAAUACAGUCAUAGAUUUAAUGUUUAAUACAUUUUGCUAAAUGUUACCUGUAAUUUAACAACCCAGAUGUACUUUUUGACUUGGAAUGAGCUCAGACCUGGUAACCCAAACUUUAUCCAAAGUGCUGCUGUCAGUUUAAAGCUGCUUGUCUGUUUAGUGACUGCUGGAGUUUUAACAUAUUUUUAUUUGGUUGAGGAGGAUCAACAAAAUAAGAAUUUCACUGUUUCUGUGACGAUAAACCUCUAGAACCUUGAAUAACUUGGGGUCGGGGGAGCUACUGUCUUCUUCAGAACAAAACGAUGCUCAGGUGAUCCACAAACAUCACAUGUGGGCUUUUUCAUCUCAAACAUACAUAAAUACACAUACAUGUUUAAAAUACAGCAUAAAAACAUGAUUUAUACACCAUUCAAGGAUGAAAAGGGGGAUAAACCAAUGCCAGGAGUUUACAGGAGUUAAUGUUGAUCUUUUUACUUAUUAAAAUGGUAACGAACUGUGAAUUACAUAGAUAGAUAGAUAGAUAGAUAGACAGACAGACAGACAGACAGACAGACAGACAGACAGACAGACAGACAGAUAGAUAGAUAUUACAAAAAAAGAGCCCAGUAAAGCCUGAAUAUGGAGCAUUCGUGUGUCUUUUCUGGAUCAUUCCCAGGAUGCUCAUCUACCUAAACACACAUUUAGCCCUUGUUGUGUGUAAUUAAAGCAUUUAAAAAUGAAUCCCAUAAUUAAUUCUCUCCUGAUUCCAGCCCACACUGAGUCUGUGUCAGUCGUAUCACUGCUUAAAGCUUCUCCUGCAGCCACAGCGCCACCUGCUGCAGCGCUGAGGCACUUCUACUCCGUUUGCUGCUCAUAAAAGCUGCACUGGCUCUGAGCGCAGCCAAAUGAGUCAGCGUCUGCAGAGCUGCAGGUCAACACCGCCUGAUGAUCGCCGUUCAUCCCGUCCUCUGGAAGGCCCUGCAGCACACACAGCAGCCUUUAGGAGAUUUGAUCAGUGGCUUCAUGAAAGAUGGACCAGUUUCGUGGUUUAUUUGUCAAACUAGACCAGAACCAGGAUGGAUUCAUCUCAGUGACUGAGCUGCACGACGAGAUGAGGAAACAUGGGAUCCAGUCAGCAGAUGGGAAGGUCCAGAAAAUCAUUGAUUCUUAUGACAAAGACAAAGACGGCCUGCUGGAUUAUGACGAGUUCCUCGGCUACAUGAUGGACAGAGAGAAGAAAUGGAAAAUUCACUUUCAUGACCUUGAUAAGAACAAUUGUGGAGUGAUUGACCUGGAUGACAUCGUAUGUUUGUUUAAGGAGUUAGGAGUGGUCAUUUCAGAGCCGAAUGCAAUAAAAAUUAUACAAAUGAUGGAUAAGGACAGCUCCAUGACAGUGGACUGGGGGGAGUUCCUGCAUCACGUCAUCCUCAACCCUGUGGACAACAUCGGGGAGCUGGUGUCGUCAUGGAAACACAGUCUGGUGUUUGAUGUCGGGGAGAGCCGAGCAAUGCCCAUCGAGUUUCCUGAAGAGGCGUCCGGCUUCGGAGUCUGGAGAACGUUUGUUCUGGCGGCGGGUCUGGCUGAUGCUGUGUCUCGGACUGUGACGGCACCAAUAGACCGACUGAAAACCCAGCUUCAGGUUCAUGGAUCCAAGGCUUUCUCUCAGGGCUUCCAGGAGAUGAGGGCUGGUGGUCUUCGCUCCAUGUGGCAGGGAAACGCCGUCAACAUGCUGAAAGGAACCCCACAGUCGACGCUACAGUGCCUUAUCUACGCCCAGAUGAAGGUCUACACCCAGAACAGAACCCAGGAGACCCUGACGGUGCAGCAGCGCUUCGGUUUGGGAUGUGUGUCCGGAGCUGUGGCUCAUGCUGCCUUCUACCCCCUGGAGGUGUUAAAGGUGAGACUGAACCUGCAGCAGGCUGGAACUUAUAACGGCGUCGUGGCCUGCGCUCGAUCUAUCUACAGAAACGAGUCUUUGUCUUCCUUCUACAGAGGAUUCAAACCGAGCAUCCUCUGCAUGAUCCCAUACGCAGGUGUCGAGUGUGCAGUUCAUCAGUCCAUCAUGUCCUGGGCAAAGCGUGAUCCGACCUACAACAGUGACUCCAAGCUAUUCUUCUUCAGCUUUGUGGCCUUUGCCUCUGGACAGAUGACCAGUUAUCCGCUGGCGGUGAUUCGAACUCAGCAGCAGGCUCAGGCUUUCAUCUCAGAUUCCCGCCCAGCCUCAGGUGUGCUAGCAGGACUUAUUGGGAUAUAUGAACGAGGAGGAUUUCGCGGAUACUACAACGGUAUGGGGGCCAGCUUCGUCAGAGCUAUUCCAUGUGCGUUGAUAAACUAUACUCUGACUAGAAAAUUUGAAAAUCUGUUUUCUUCCAUGAAGUCUUGAGGAAUGUGGAGAGAAAUACAAUGCUGUGAAUGUUAUGUUAACCCUCCUACUGUCUUCAUUUACGGGCACCAAAAAAUAUUGUUUCCUUGUCUGAAAAAAAUUCAGAAAUUCAGCAAAUAAAAUCCCCAAAAUUUUCAAAACCUUCAGGAAGAAAAUUCCAAUAAUUCCUUAAAAGUUUCCCUGAAAAGUUUUAUUUAAUAAAAAAAAAAAAAAAAAAAAAAUCCCUCAAAUUUGGCAAGAAAAUUCUUGUACAUAUUUUUUUUUAAAAAAUGAGUAAAAAUCUUCCAAAAAAAUCCUAAAAAUAUCUAAAGUGAUUCCAUAUAUAUCAGUAAAACUUCUAAUGUUUUCUUUAAGAACAUUCACAUAAAAAUCAACCAAAAUUCAGCGAAUUUAGCUGGAUUUUGGUUGAUUUUUUUCUGAAUGUUGUUAAAGAAACAUUUUUUUUUUAACAUUUCUUUCCACCAAAAAAUGUUUAAAAAAUUCCCAAAAAUGCUGAAAAUGUGGACAUCAGAAGUUUCACUGUGAAAAUAUAUUUUAUUCCACAUUUUCAAACUUUAAAACCGGUCAGUUUUGACCCGCAGGACGACAUGAGGGUUAAUGCAAAUUGAGUGUCCAACAACACCUGGAAUUCUGAAAUAAAGGGCUGAAAUCCAUGAAGUAAAUCACAAAGUUCAGGUUGUGUUUGUGGAAUAGUUAAAAAAAUAUAUACUUUACUUUGUUGCUUUUUUACUGACCAGGAGAACAUGAAAGCAACACAACUGACUGAAAAAACUGAAUAAUGUGAACAAGUGUAAUGAGAUCUGCUGUGUAAAUAAGGAAAAGUGUUGUCGAGUGUAUUGUUUAAUAAAAUUUUAUUUCAUAACUGA